CGCACGUGCCCCAGGGAUUCGGGUUCAGUUGCAGUUCGAUUGCGGCUCGGCUACGUAGCGGUCUUCAGCCACUUGCGUCUGCUGCCUCUGUCACGGCUGAGCACGCUACUGCAGGGCUGCAUACACUCUAUACUCGCUUACUCCCUGGAGACUUUGACAUAACUCCAGAACUACCGCCUACUAACCGUGAUUUAAGAUGAGCUUCAAGAAGAGCAAGCUCGACCUCCUCAUCCGAGUACGGUACUCGAAUCCAUUGCCAGCACCACCAUGUCCCCCAAAACUUCUAGACAUCCCAACAAGCCCUUCGCGCUAUGCGCGCCCAGAGUUCCUUGACGACAUAGCGGCCGACACACCGCUACCCAUGGUUGUGGACGGAGAUCUUGGCAUGCCACUUGACCUGUCCCAAUGGGACUGUCUGUGGGACGAGAAUGCGGAUUCUCUCGAGUUGAACCCUUCUGAGGAGACGGCACCAAAACCAGACCCAAAAGAUCUCUUCAUGCUAGUCGACCCCACGUCCUCGGGACCCUAUGUCCACAACGGCAUAGGGCCGUCCGCUCUCGCAUCCACGUCAACGCCCUCCUCGAUGCCACACGUAACAUGGCUCAGGCGGACAGAAUACCUUACCCGCGAAGCUUCAUCUCGUCCAACUCCGUCGCAAGAAGUGAAGCAAAACAUGAACGCCCCGGUGGAUAUCUCGCGUUCCGCGCAAAUACACGACAUCGAAGCGUCCUUCCCGGCGACCGAGACCUUCGACCUCAGCGCGCUCAAGCAUCCCAAUAAACCCGACGUUACGGCAAUUGACUCAUACGAGGUCUUCCCCGACGCCGAGAUUUGGGCGAAUGCAUACGACCUCUUCCGGUUCUCAGAGCGGCCGGGAGAGCGCCCGCCUGAGGUCGAUGACCCACGCCUUGACUGCGCCAUCCUGCGGCCCAUGGAGUCAGAUGGCGACCACUUCUUGGCCUACUACCUCACGAAGGACGACGAGACCGCGCUGCAGUUCAAGCAAGAGCGACUGGCGCGCUCACCUGACGCCCCUGAGGAGGACGAGCCUAUUCCAUUCCACUUCGUCCGCGAUUACGAGGUAGUGAAAGUGGAGCAAGAAGUCCCGAACGAAUUCCUCCUCGUCAUCGACGAUGGUCAUAACGCAGAAGCGCCGGAAGACGAGGACCAGAAGCCGCAGAAGGCCCGGGCGAAGGGCGCUUACUACAAGAACAUCGAGCGCAAGAUGCUGCUCAAGAAGAAGCGCCAGAACGCGUACGAGUCGUACCACGAUAAGUGGGACAUCAUCAAGAUUACCCAUUCCCCGAUGAGUCAAGAAGAGGAGACAGAGCGCGAAGAGGCCCUUGCGGAAGUGAUGGACCCUAUGUACCUUCUGAACCGAGGUGAGGCCGACGCGGAGGGCGAGAUAGACGAUACAUUGCAGGAUGCAUCGGCCCUGAACGGCCUUGGGGACGGUGCAAUAGCACAGGAUGCACUGGAGGUGUUCGGAGAGUAGCACGUCUGUCGCCCACAUUCACUUGCAUCGCCGACAAUGUCU